GCUGCUACUGCUACUCCUACCACUACUACUGACGCUAACAACACCUGCACGUUCCCUCUGGUUGUGAAGCAGAUCCUGUAAGACGAAAUGGCUACCGAGUCGAAAGUAGGGUCGGAACUCGCGGAUCCCAACAAAGAAGAACAGCAAUACGAAGACGAGACCCACACCGAUGCUUCAACCUCUACCAGUCUAUCCGUCGCGGAAGACCACGACGACGAUUCGGCUUGUUACGCCGAUAUGGGAUUCAUGUUUGAAGGAAGCCAGCCCACGUCAAUUCGACGUUUUCAGUUUCCGAAAAGGGACGGUUCUGCGGUACAAGUAGUUGUCCGUGUCGUUGACGACGACCCCGGCGCCGUUCAGUCGGGUCACUAUCUGUGGCCGGCCGCCCAAUUGCUCGCGGAGUAUAUGGUUUCGUUGCCUCCACCCGCAGUACCGGUAAUCUCCGUUUUGGAACUGGGCGCGGGCUGUGCACUAGCGGCCUUGACCGCGCUGCAGUGCUGGCAACCAACUUUGCAGUGUGUCGUCGUCACGGACCACGACCCGGGGACCCUACAGCGUGCCCGAGACAACCACGAAUCCACCAUCGAAAGUAUCAUGGAUGCGGCAACCAGUGAAGAGUCUCUCGAACAAACUAUUAAUAGUCUAGCCAGUAUUCCGGUGGAAUUUCGGGAAUACUCUUGGGGGACUGAUCCUGCUCCCUUGACGGCCGUUCUCGGUGAGCACGUCAACGUCAAAGCCUGCGACCCCAGUCCGACUUGGUUCGAUCUCAUCCUCGGAAGUGAUUUGAUCUACGAUACGGCCGUGGUGGAACCACUGUUCACUACGGUGGCUCCGCUGAUGGCGAGAACUUCCCGAUUCUUACUGUCCCAAAGCUUCGUUUACGAAACCGUGACGGAAGAGGAAAUCCAACGCGUUUGCGAAUUGUUUGGCCUGACUCGAACCAUUCUACUAGAUGAUGGGCAAGGGGAACGACGAAUACAAGAGUUCACGCGUGGCAGACAGUAA